CAGGUCAGGGGUGAUCCCGGGAUGGUGCCCCGGGAAUGGUGUCCAGCCCGCGCCCAGCCCGGAGCCCGCGGCACGGCGGACACCCGCCCGAGGGAGAUCACAAUGGCCCAAAGGACGUUUAGAACACAUUUGCUAUUCUGCUUUGCUGUGGCUACGUUCUUCAUCUCUGCCCUAGCUGAGGAACACGUAGGAGAGAGUCAACAUCCAAAUAUUCGCCUUGAUAAGAAUUUGGUACAAGAUAAAGAACACAUCAUGGAGCACUUGGAAGGUGUUAUUGAGAAACCAGAAUCUGAGAUGUCUCCACAAGAAUUGCAGCUCCAUUACUUCAAAAUGCAUGAUUAUGAUGGCAAUAAUUUGCUAGAUGGGUUAGAGCUUGCUACUGCUAUCUCACAUGUCCACAAAGAGGAAGGUGGUGAGCAUACCCAAGCAAUGAAGGAAGAAGAGCUGAUCAGUCUAAUAGAUGAUGUCUUGAGAGAUGAUGACAAGAACAAUGACGGAUACAUUGACUAUGCAGAAUUUGCAAAAUCACUGGAAUAAGGGUUUGUUUCUCCUUCUAACCACAUGAAAAUGUGAACCAGUAUAAUGUGAUUCAUUAUUGCCUCAUAUCAAGCUCAGUGCUGUGAGGAGGAGAGGUGUACCAGUUCCAGCUGAAUUUAUUUGAAAGUUGUAUGUGUCAAGAGUUUUGCUAACUUGGAGUGAGAGCCAUGUUUGACUAAACAUAACUACACAUUUGAAUUGCGAAGCGUGGAAGUGCCAGCAGUACUCACACAGGGUACAGCUGGCAAAUUCCUAAGUAGCUCUGUAUGAAUACUAAAUAGAAUCAUUAGCAUCUAAAUUUCAGGUUUUCAGUCAUUGAGUUUUAUAGUUCUUACUUACUUACAUCUAUUUAAAAUUAUACCCAGAAAGCAAGAAAUUAUUACUGCAUAUAGUUGUAUUCCAAGGGCAAAUGCCUUUACCUUCUCUGUAGUUUACAAGGAAAUCUGCAGAUAAGUACAGGUGGUUGAAAGAGCAGUUGUAGAGGGAAAGAGAGUGUGGGUUAUGUUUGAGUUCUGCAUGACACCCUAUGGACUCAAACAGUCUUUGAAUAAAUUGAGUAUUUUUAAAUAUAUGUACUUCCUAGCAUACCCUUACAUAUAAAUACAUAUACAUGUGUUUUUUUCAGAUUUUUUGUCCUCUGCAAAUUUACUUUUUAUAUCUUAAUUUACUGCUUUUUUUUUAAAUCUACCUUCCAUGUUUUCUUAAGGAAAUGGAAAUAUUUUUAAUACAUUUAUGUGUUGUGUUAAUGCUGUACAGCAUUUGCUAGAGUAGCUUCUGCUAUGUCAUUCUGAAUCAUAGAAUGGCCUCAGUUGGAAGGGACCUUACAGAUUAUUCAGUUCCAACACCCCUGCCAUGGUCAGGGACACAUCUCCAUUAGAUCAGAACCCUCUCCAGGGUUAGGGCAUCUACAGCAUCUUUGGGUAGUCUGUUACAGUGCUUUUCCACCCACACAGUUAAGAACUUCUUCCUAACAUCUAAUCUAAACCUAGCCUCUGUCACUAUAUACUCUUGUAAAGAGUCCCACUCCAUCAUUUGUGUAGGCUGCCUUCAGGUACUGGACAGCUGCUCUUAAGUCACCUCAAAGCCUUCUCUUUUCCAGACUGAACAAUCCCAGUUCUCUCAGCCUUUCCUCACAGGAGAGGUGUUCCAUCCCUCUAAAUCCCUCUUGGUGACCUCCUCUGGACUCUCUCCAACAGGUCCCUGUCCCUCCUGUGCUGGGCCCCCAGAGCUGGGUGCUGUGUUCCAGGUGGGUCUCACCUGAGCAGAGCAGAGGGGCAGAAUCCCCUCCCUCCCCUGCUGCCCACGCUGCUUUGGAUGAAGCCCAGGACACAUUUGGCUUUCUGGGCAGUGAGUGCACAUUUCCAGCUCAUGUCCAGCCUCUCACCCACCAGCACUCCCAAAUCCUUCUCCCCAGGGCUGCAGUUGAUCCAUUCAUCCCCCAGCCCUUGUUCUUACCAGGGUUGCUCCAUCCAGGUGCAGCAACUUGCACUUGGUCUUGUUAAACUUCAUGAGAUUCCUGUGGGACCACUUCUCGAGCUUGUCUGGGUCUUUCUGGAUAGCAUCCUAUCAUUCAGAAGUGUUUUGAAGGUCACAUUAACAGUAAACCAGUUAAUAUUAAAGCUUUUGUUCAAUUGGGGUUUUACAGUAUUAGCCAGCAGGAGUGAGCAAGUAAUGCUGCCUUGUUAAGGUUUAAGUUCAUAUUCCUUGACACUUAAAUUAUGGUAUUACUUUCAGGAAGUAUUUAAUCAUUUGACAGUUUCAAGCUACUUUAAUGUUUUCAAAUUAUGGCUCUAGGAAUGUUUUCACUGGCUUGACUCAAUAUUUGAUAAGUCAAACAGUUUAAGGAUGUUAGAGCGGUGAUGUAUUGCUGUGUUAUUGAUGUUUGGUGACUGAAACAUAAUUGAAAUCUUAAAUUGCAUUCAAUGAUUAUUCAUUAAUAAAGAAUCUAAAUGUUAGCCUAUUUCUGUAAAAUGUAUAAAGAGCUAUUUUCUGUACAAAAUUAUUCUUAUACAAGAGAAACACAUUUGUAAAAGAAAUUAUUUCCUCUCUUUAAAUGUUUGUGCAAUGAAGCUUGACUGUUGGAUUUUU